AUGGUGGUAAGCAAAAUAUACAGUCACUUUGCCUCAUCCGCCAAACGCACUGAAGAACUGAAAUCAGUGUUCAACUUUGUGGCGGAAGACUACCAGUCCAUACAACGACACGUUCCCACAAGAUGGUUAAGCCUGUGGCCAGCAGUAAACCGACUGCACAGCAGCUGGCCAGCUAUCAAGAGCUACUUUCUCUCACUGGGAGAGGAACAGUGCCCAAAAUCCCUAUGGCAGCUGUUCAAGGAUGACCAAGAUGGUGAGGGCAACCCCCUUGAGCUGCAGGUUUACCUGUCCUUCCUCAACAAUGCUCUGAAAAUCUUUCAUGACAUUGUGCUGCUUCUGGAGCGAGAGGACGCCACCGUCUGUGAGCUCUAUGAUAUGAUGUUCACUCUGAAAACUAAGCUUCAGCAACGACAGAUAGAUGGCUUCUUUGGUGUAGAGACGGAUGCACUCCUCCAAGUGUUUCCCAACCAACAGGCAGCUGCUGUCAAACAUGACAUGUGCAACUUCUAUCAAGUCUCCCUUGCCUACCUGGAGCAGCGCUAUGAUUUCACAGACAGCAGCUACCAGAAAAAGUUAGCUAGCUUGGCAUUACUGAAGAGCCCAUUCACCUUCUCCCAGCUCUGUGAUGCUGUCACUGUCCUGCACCUUGGGAAGAAGUUGGACAUGGAUGCUCUCUAUGACGAGCAUUGUGUUGUUCUGCCACGGCAACAGGCUGUCAUAGAAUCAGGAGCUCCAGUUGUUGAGAAGUGGGCUGCCCUACUCAAGCAAACAGACACACCAAACCUCACUGCAUUUGCUUCUUUCCUCUUUAGCUUACCUAUUACUAAUGCUUCAGUGGAGAGGGUGUUCUCACUGAUGGCAGCAAGCUGGACUGACACAAGGAACCGCUGUUCGGUGGAGCUCAUCAAAUCAGAAAUUCAAGUCAAGAGCAACUUUAAAUUAAGGAUUUCUACACAUAUGUACCGAAGGAGAAGGCUCUACUCGAUGCUGCACGUUCCAACAAGAAAUACAAAGUCAAGAAGAACCUUGAAGAUGCUGGUGUGA